UUCCUCACUGGUCUGUAUAAGUCUGGAGUGUUAGGAGUGUGUGAUCUUCAUGAAGCUCGUCUCGUCUGGUGUUUGCAGGGUUGGGUUGGCUCCGGCUCCUGUGGGACGCUCAUGGCACACGCUUACAGUCGUGUCAGACUCGUCUCUUUCUGUUCGAAGGACUCAGUGUGGACUGCAGACCCAUGAGUGACGGCUGGAUAUUUAAUCUGGAGACAAAAGGAUGGACAGAGAUGGACAAACCACGGCUGUGGCACAGCGCUUGUCAAAGAAGAGACUCGGAUGUUGUUGUGUUUGGAGGAAGUCAUGAUGAUAUCCUCUCAGUGAGUCUGGUGUGCAGGACGAUCUAUCAGACAUCAGUAAUCUGUGAGGAUCUGUUCUGCAGGGCCACAGCAACGACGCGCUCGUGUUCCAGACGCAGACAGAAACUCACAGAACGUGAAACUGCGGAGUGAUUCAUCUUUACUAAAUUUGUUUAUAAGCUUUGUUUAAUAUUGUUAAAGGAUUUAUUUUCAGUAUUUUAACAUUUUAAACUAUUUAUGACUGUUUUGUGUCUAAGUGCUGAAACAGUUGUACUUAUAACCUAAUGCAAACGAAGCUGGUUCCUUCUGGGAACAACAUAAAUAUGAAUUAAAUCUUAAACAGGUAAAAUGUGCCUCUGGAAGGAGAACCUUUUCCAUUUUUCUAGAUAUUUUUUCUUACAGAGUACUAACUGAUCCACGAUCUUCCUGACCAAAUUGCCCCCAAGG